GCUGGGGUGAAAAAGUCAAGGACCACGGCCUAUCAUCCUAUGGGGAACGGCCAGGUUGAAAGGUUCAACCGUACCCUCGGGAAUAUGAUAAGAGCCUUGCCUCCAAGAGCUAAACAGAACUGGCCACAAAUGUUGCAAACCUUGACAUUUGCUUACAAUUGUACAGCCCAUGAGUCAACUGGAUUUGCCCCUUUCUAUCUCAUGUACGGGAGGAUUCCUAGAUUGCCAGUGGACAUAAUGUUCCAAAGUGUGAGUCAGGACAACAACAUCACUGAUUAUGACCAGUAUGUAAAGAAGAUGAAAAAUGAUCUUCGAGAGGCAAUGUUGCUUGCUCAGGCCAACACCGCUGCCAGUCAACAACGGCAAGCAGCGCAGUACAACAAGAGGAUAAAAGGUCGAGAUAUUGAGGAGGGAGACCAUGUGCUGAUCGCCAACAAAGGUGAACGCGGACGUCGAAAGCUGGCUGAUAAGUGGGAGUCGACCCCAUAUGUCGUGUUGUCAGUGGAUACCAGGUGCCAUACUUACCGCAUAAGGAAUACUCGAACUGGACAGGAGAAAGUGGUCCACAGGAAUUUGCUAUUACAAGCCAGCUUCCUGCCCAUUGAGGAGAAUGAUGAAUGUUCAGAGCCAGUUUUUGAUGAUGCAGAACUUAAUUUUGGGGACUGUGAAGGUUCUACAAGUGACAUAUCCUCAAUUGACUCAGAGGAUUCUGACCAUGUUGAUGAAGUUAAUGAUGCAGCCCUCAUGUCAACCUGCCCACUGAGCCCAUCGAAUAUUGAGGAUGUCGAAGACUCCAAUGUUGAAACAGGAUUUAGGCAAGUCGUGGCUGAAUCAGAAAGUAACUGUGGCACAGAGGACAUCGAUCAGACAUCUGAGCCAGAAAAUAAUGAUUUGAGCGCUAUAGUGAGUGGAAACAAUGAAAAUGACCCGACAGAAUCAGAAAGAGGUCGCAAGGAUGUUGAUCAACCUACCUUUGAAAUAACUCACCAAGUUAAAACAAGGGUUGGCAGAAUAGUGAAGCCAGUAAACAGACUGAUCCAGAACAUGACCCAAAAUGUUGUUCUGCGCAGCCCAUUCUUUAGUCUUUCGAGACCAUGAAUAUCUUAUUUCAGAGCAAUUAACCCUCCUUAAUUAGUUUCUAUAUUACUCAAUGGGGAUACUAAAGAAAGGGAAAAUCUAGUAGAUUUUGUUUAAACUGAGGCAGUGUGUACGGCACUUCCUUUAGCAAGUAGACAUUAGAGGGCCUGGCCAGCUUUCCUUUGUCACUUCCCAGUCAAGUGGGUAACAUAUAUGUUGCUGAUCAAAUGUUUUGAAAAGACCUUUCUCCCUAUUAUUGAGUUACAUGUGCUGGAUGAAUUUUGUGAAGUUCAGGGGGGAGAAUGUAACUGGCUACAAAACAGUUCUCUAAUUUCUUUAUAAUUCUUUUAUUUUUCUAUUUCAUCAUUCACAUCUUUUGUUGUGAACUUCUCAAAACUUCCCAUUUGCAGUUCUUUUAUAUUAUAAUUUAUUUCUCUUUGUAUUUUGUAUGCAUUUAUGUUCAUACUUGAAAAAAACUGUAUGGGAACUAGAUCUGAAGUAUUUGUUGUCAUUGGGGCACUUAUUGGUGACGCACACGGUGGCGCUGUUGAGCGAGAGAGCUGUUUUGCCUCAGAGCACUGUGUGAUGCUGCUGAGGUCAGACCUGUUCAUGCUCUCUUGCAUCUCUCCCCACUAAUAUUGUGGUGAGCGGAGAGACUACGUGCAGCGUGUUAAUUUAAUGAAGUGCCCAUAUUUUGCAG